AGAGGGCAGCUGCUUGACCUUCUCUUCUGAACGAUCCCGCCAAAGACACUCGAGAGAGAGAGAGAGAGAGACUGUGUGUGAAAAUCAGUGAGCUGAAGAGAUCCAGCGAAGAUGAGUACAAUGAAGUUUUGUCGCGAAUGUAAUAACAUCUUAUACCCAAAGGAAGACAAGGAGCAAUCGAUACUCCUCUACGCUUGUCGUAACUGUGAUCACCAGGAAGCGGCGGAUAACAACUGUGUGUACAGAAACGAGGUUCAUCAUUCAGUAAGCGAACAAACGCAGAUCCUAUCCGACGUCGCUUCUGACCCCACUCUUCCCCGCACCAAGGCUGUCCGCUGCGCCAAGUGUCAACACGGCGAAGCUGUCUUCUUCCAGGCUACUGCUAGAGGCGAAGAAGGAAUGACUCUGUUCUUCGUUUGCUGCAACCCCAAUUGUGGCCAUCGUUGGAGAGAAUAGGAAACUUUGUAGUAGGUUACAUUGUCCCUGUGUAAUGUGUUAUUGACUUCCCCUUUAAGUCUUUCAUACGUUCAAUUUGGAGUUUUCUGUGUGCUAAUAUGAAAACUGUGGGGGGGGGGAUGUUAUCGAGUUCUUGAAUUUUCAGGGUCUUUUAUGAUCAUUUUAGUUUUUACCUAGUCUAAUUAUGAAUUUGCUGAUUUCUGAGGGGCCGUUCAGAAAACUCGUUCUUGUCUAUGAAUACGUGGAAACUGAAAAUUGUCAUCUUUAGCC